CUCCGCGCCAGCCUGGCCUCGACGCCCGUGCUCGGUGCCGGCCGAGCUCGCAGGUGUCCGGACGCUUCUCCUCCGAGCCAGCCAUCGCCUCGACACCUCCCGCAAAUGCUUAGCUUCUUCUGGCUGAGGUGUCUCUUAAAAAUGGUCAAGGGGAAUAUUGUAGUCCCUGAAGAGAUCUUGAACUUCUGUUGCAAUGGCCUCCAGGGCUCAACCUCUCCACCACGUUCCCAGGAGCCAGGGGAGCGGGAGGAGGCACCAGGGGCCAUGGCGAGCCCCUUGCCUGCCCGCAACCCCACCGAGGUGCAGAUGAGCCAGCUGGUGCUGCCCUGCCACACCAAUCACCGCAAUGAGCUCAGCACUGGCCAGCUGCUCAAGUGGAUCGACACGGCCGCCUGCCUCUCCGCCGAGAGACACGCUGGCUGCCCGUGCGUCACAGCUUCUAUGGAUGAUAUCUAUUUUGAGCAUACCAUUAGUGUCGGGCAAGUUGUCAACAUCAAAGCCAAAGUGAACCGAGCCUUUAACUCCAGCAUGGAGGUGGGCAUCCAAGUAAGCUAUGAAGAUCUGUGCAGCGGGAAGCACUGCAGUAUCUGCAAGGCGUACGCCACCUUCGUGGCACAGGGCCCCUCUGGCAGCAAGGUGAGGCUGAAGCCACUGACCCCACAGACGGAGGAGGAGAAGAUCGAGUACAGCAUCGCUGCUGAGCGCCGCCGCAUGCGGCUGGCGCACAAGGACACCCUCAAGGACCUCCUCACCCGCAGCCGCCCUGACACCGAGCUGGAGACGCGGGAUGGCAGCGGGGCAGUGCCGGCGGAGAAAACGCGUGUGGAGAGUGUGGAGCUGGUGCUGCCUCCACACGCCAACCAUCAGGGCAACACCUUCGGUGGGCAGAUCAUGGCCUGGAUGGAGAACGUGGCCACUAUUGCAGCCAGCCGGCUGUGCCAUGCCCACCCCACACUGAGGGCCAUCGAGAUGUUCCACUUUCGGGGACCUUCGCAAGUUGGGGACCGCCUGGUGCUCAAAGCCAUCGUCAACAAUGCCUUCAAAAACAGCAUGGAGGUGGGGGUCAGCGCCGAGGCGUACGGUCGGGAGAUGUCCGUCAGCCCGCGGCACAUCAACAGCGCCUUCAUGACCUUCGAGGUGCUGGACCAGGAGGGCCGGCCCCGCGUGCUGCCCAUGGUGGCUCCCGAGCCAGGGGAUGGAGAAAGGAGGUACAGAGAAGCCAGUGCUAGGAAAAAAAUUCGGCUGGACCGAAAAUACGUCGUCUCCUGCAAACAGACCGAGGUACCACUCUCUGUGCCCUGGGAUCAAAGCAACAAGGUUUAUCUGAGCUACAACAACGUCUCUGCGCUGAAGACACUCGUAGCCAAAACAAACUGGGCACUUGCCAGAGAAAAGGAAAAGGUGAGGAUGUACACGCUGGAGGAGGAUAAAUUCCUGUCCUUCCGCAUCGAGAUGUCUGUCUGCAUCAUGGCCAGCCAAGCCUUCUCCCUGCUCUCCAACCUGCGGCGCCGGCACGAGUGGGACAGUCACUAUGCGAGUGCUGAGCUUGUCCAGAAGGUAGAUGACGAUGACAUGAUCUACCACGUGGUGAGCCGGAUGCACAGACAGGAGAGCAAGCUGCAGGACUUUGUCAUCCUGGCGUCCCGGCGGAAACCCUGCAGCAAGGGGGACCCCUAUGUGGUGGCCUUUCGAUCGGUGACACUGCCCACCCACCCCCCACGAGCUGAAUACACACGUGGGGAGACGCUCUGCUCUGGUUUCUGCAUUUGGCCGGAGUCAGAGGAGAUGAGCAAGGUGGCUUACUACAACCAGGCUAUGCCAGGGUACCUCAACUAUGUCACCACCAACGUGGCAGGACUGUCCUCUGACAUCUGUGCCACCUUUGAAGCCUGCGAGAAGUUCCUGCUGAAGAACAAAGAGGACCUGAUCUCACGGCUGCGGGACUUCUAGAGCCACAGCACCCUGCUGACAGAUGGACACAGAUGAAGGGGCACCUCCAUGGUGGAAGGGGAUGUGGAUGGUGGCACCCAGACCCUGCCUCCCUGGGACUUGGGGUGGAGGGGUAUUACUGUACCACCUCAUCCCUUUGCACUGACGUGUCAUAUCUUUUCUUCUUUCUUUUUUUUUUUAAUUUUAUUUAGAAAUUUUAUAAGCCGAUGUACAGGACUUGGUUUUCUUGUUUACUUAACGCUACUUGAAUCUUUAUAUGAUCCAAAAUCUCACUAAACCAGAUUUUUUUUUUUUUACUGGUUCUUUGUGGGGGAUUACUGGUUCCCUUUGAGGUAGUAAAGGAAGAGAGGGGGCAGUGAUAUGGAGAGAGUGCUCUACCCCUCCCCAGUGCAGGGGUGGCUGGCAGUGCAUCCUGCUCUCCCAAGUGCUGCUUCUCUUCCCAGGCAGGGCUGACAAACAGCCCAUGUUCCUGCCAGGAUGAAAUCCUACCCCAUGGGGCUGUGGAAGCAAUAGCAAUAAAAGUGCAUUGAAAGGAAAAAUA